AUGCUCCGGCACCGGGUCCAGCAGGAUGGCAGUGUGCCGGUCGAUGAGCCCCCGGGAGCACGGGCCAUCCGGGCCAAUGAGGCCACGCACAACCAAGUGCAGCCCCUCCUUCAGGUGGACAAUCUUCCGGCCGAACGAGGCCACGAUGGCCAGGAGCGUCAGCCACGGCCCGGUCGCGCGUCCCCCCUCCCCCCGCAGCACCCCCCCUGCCCGGGCUCAGGAACAUACCUGGUCGAGGGUGAUGUCGCCGGCUCCGCCUGCGUGGCUGCCUGCUCGGCGGGCUACUUCCAGUCCGGCACCCGGUGCCUGGCCUGCGGCACUGCCUGUGCCACCUGCUCCGGGUCGGCCACCACCUGUACCUCCUGCCCGUCCGGCCGAUACCUCCAGGGCACCACCUGCGUGGCCGCCUGCGCGUGGAACCACUUCCAGGCCGACGCCCCCUGCCUGCCGUGCGACGCGGCGUGCGCCCGGUGCGCGGGCAGCGCCACCACCUGCACCGCCUGCCCGGCCGGCCAGCUGCUCCAGGUGGACCAGUGCCUGGCCGCCUGCUCGGCCGGCUACUUCGCCUACGGGGCCAACUGCCUGCCCUGCAGCGCUGCCUGUGCCACCUGCUCCGGCUCGGCCGGCGACCACCUGCGUGGCCGCCUGCGCGUGGAACCACUUCCAGGCCGACGCCACCUGCCUGCCGUGCGACGCGGCGUGCGCCCGCUGCUCCAGGUGGACCAGUGCCUGGCCGCCUGCUCGGCCGGCUACUUCGCCUACGGGGCCAACUGCCUGCCCUGCAGCGCUGCCUGUGCCACCUGCUCCGGCUCGGCCGGCGCCUGCACCGGCUGCCACCCGGGGUCCGUCCUGGAGAAUGGCGCCUGCCUGGAUGCCUGCUCGCCGGGGCUGCACCCGGACCCGGCCGGCCGGUGCGCCUGCCAUGCCACCUGCCAGUGGUGCUCGCCGGAGGGCCAGCCGCCGGCCUACACCUGCCACGCCUGCCCGCCGGGCAUGGUUCGCGCCGCCGACGGGGCCCAGCCGGACCGGUGCUUCGACUGCCAUGCCAGCUGCGCGGCGUGUGCCCUGCCAGCGGCCGAGGCCGCCUGCACGGCCUGCCCCCCGGGGGCCUUCUUGCACGAGGGCCGGUGCCUGGCCGCCUGCCCGGCCGGCACCUGGCCCAAUGCCCAGGCCGUGUGCCUGCCCUGCCCGGCAGCCUGCUCCACCUGCACCGGGCCCGGCCUCUGCACCGGCUGCCAGGAUGGCUUCUUCCUGCGGGCCGGCGCCUGCGAGCCAUGCUCCCGGUCGUGCGCCACGUGCACCGGCCCGGACAGCUGCACCGCCUGCCAGCCGGGGCUCAUCUUCCGGCAGCCCAGCCCGCAGGCGGCCUCCCUGUGCGGCAUCGCCUGCGACGAGGGGCACUUCCCCCAGCCCGAGCGGUGUGGCGUGUGCCAUGCCAGCUGCCAGGAGUGCCACGGCCAGCCGGACGCCUGCCAAAGGUGCGCGGCCGGCUUCCGGUGGGCCGCCGGACCACCGGCCGACCCGGCCUCCGGGGCCCGGUGCGUUGCCUGCCCGGCCGGCUGUGCCUCCUGCACCCGGGACCAUGCGUGCCUCGGGUGCUUCGACCCGCUGGUCCUGACGCCGGAGGGGGCCUGCGUGGACACCUGCCCGGCCGGCACCUGGACCCAUGACGCCUCUUGCCGGCCGUGCAACAUGGCCUGCCUCACCUGCACCGGGCCGGCCGCCAGCCAGUGCGCCUCCUGCGCCCCGGGGCUGGAGCUCAUCCGCGAGGGCGCCGCCGCCGGGACCUGUGCCUCCGGCUGCCAGGAGCGCCAAUACCGCGACCCGGCAUCCGGCGAGUGCCGGCCCUGCCACCCGGCCUGCGCCACAUGCAAUGGGCCCUCCGAUCGCGACUGCUGGCGGUGCAAUGAUGCCCUGCUCCAAGAUCGCCAAUGUGUCCAGGCCUGCCUCUCCAAGCACUACCCCUUGGAGGGGCGCUGCCUGCCAUGCGACCCCAUGUGCGGCGAGUGCAAGGGCCACGGCAGGCUCGACUGCACCGAAUGCGCGGCCGGCCUCUUCCACCACCGGGCCGAGUCCUCGCCGCUCCGGUGCCUGGACCAGUGCCCGCCCGGGCACCGGGCCCAGCAGGGCACGUGCCGGUCCUGCCCCCCCCGGUGCCGGGACUGCUGGCACUCGGCCGACACGUGCGACCGGUGCUCCUCGGCCGCCAUGCUGCACCAGGGCGCCUGCGUGAGCGCCUGCCCGGCCGGCACCCUGUCCCUCGAUGGGACCUGCUUCUCGUGCGAUGCCUCCUGCACCGCGUGCCACGGCCCGGGGCCGGAGCACUGCGACAGCUGCGCCGACGCCGCGCCCUUCCUGCUGGAUGGCGUCUGCCACAGGGCCUGCCCGGCUGCAACCUACCCGGACGCCCGCCAGUGCAUCCCCUGCCAUCGGACCUGCGCCGAGUGCACCGGGCCCUGGGCGAAUGCCUGCACGGCCUGCCCGGCCGACCGGGUCCUCGGCCUGGAUGGCUCGUGCCUGACGCGCUGCCCGGGGGGCCAGCACCCGGAGCCGGGCCCGGCCGGUGGCUCGGCCUGUCGGGCCUGCUCGCCGGCGUGCCGCCUGUGCGACGGCCCGACCGCCGGCCACUGCACCGCCUGUGCCGAUGGCCGUCUCCUGGAGGAUGGCCACUGUGUGGACGCCUGCUCCGGCGGGGCCUUCCUCUGCCCGCCGACCGAGCAGUGCCUGCCCUGCCCGAGCGACUGCGCCGCCUGCACCCGCGCCGACACCUAUGACAUGGCUUGCGUCGGGCGGUGUACCGCCUGCGCCGCGGGGAUGCUGCUGUCGCCCUCGGCCGGCCGGUGCCUGGAGGCCUGCCCCCCGGGGGAGGUCCUCCGGCCGGGGACCGACACCGAGCCGGCCCGGUGCCAGCCCUGCGCCCCGGCCUGCGGGACCUGCCACCGGCGGCCGGAUUGGUGCACCGCCUGUGCCGGCAGCGGCCGCUGGCUGCUGAGCACCGCCGGCCAGUGUGUGCCCGAGUGCCCGGCCGCCGGGUUCGCCGCCUCCCCGGCGGAGCCGGUGUGCCUGCCGUGUGUGGCCGGCUGCCGGGCGUGCCAGCCGGCCGGCCGGCUGCCCGUCUGCGCCAUGCAGCCGGAUGGCUCGCUCGACUGCCCGAGGGUGGCCACGUGCCAGCUGUGCGAGCCGGGGCUCCUGCUGCUGCAGGGCGCCUCCUGUGUGUCCGACUGCCCGGCCGGGCACUUUGCCGAUUGGGACGGCUCGCCGCCGGCCUGCGCCGCCUGCUCGCCGGGCUGCUGGGCCUGCACCGGCCCCGAAAAGACCGACUGCCUUCGUCGGGUCAGCUCCGCUGCCAGCCGGCGCAUCGCCUUCGGGCUCGGCAUCGGCCUGGGCCUGCUGCUGCUGCUGCUGCUGCUGCUGCUGGUGGCGUGGCUGGUCCGCCGCCUGCGCCAAGCGGCCAAGCCCCCGGCCGGGGCCGGCGAUCCCGACCACGACUCCACCGUCCUCAACACCAUCCUCGAGCUGUCGCUCCCCGGGGCCAUCCAAGUGAGCCUGGCCGCGGACUUCCUGGCCCUCGAUGGCGCGGCCCUCGGGGCCGGGACCCAGGCAUCGGUCUUCGCCGCGCGAGCCAUCGGCGCCGGGGUCUCCACCCGCCUCGGCUGCCCGGACAUCGUGGCCAUCAAGCAGCUGAAGGGCAACAAGCUGACCCCGCUGCAGGUGACCCUCCUCCAGAAUGAGAUCGCCCUCAUGUGGCUCCUGCGCGACUGUGCCCACAUUGUGCGCAUCUACGGCUACAGCGACCAGCCGCCGGCCAUCGUCAUGGAGUGCUUCCAGUCGGACCUGGCCACGCUCCUCCGGUCGGACAUCGCCCUGCCCCUGAGCACCCUGCUGAGCCUGGCCCAGCAGUGGACCUCCGGCUUGGAGGCCAUGCACGACCGCGGCAUCGCCCACUGCGACCUGAAGCCGGCCAAUGUCCUUGUCAGCCCGGCACACGGCCAGUCGUGGCAGGUGGCCCUCGGCGACCUGGGCACCGCGCGGAACCUGUCCGCCGCCCGGGCCUCGGCCCUGGUCAACGAGGCCCCGGUCCUCAAUGCCCUGACCGCGCGCUACGCCGCGCCCGAGGUCCUCGCGGCCUUCCACCGCGCCCGGCCCCUGGACAUGGAUCUCUACCUGCCGGCCGAUGUCUAUGCCGCGGCCAUGAUGCUCUGGGAGACCCUCACGCGCGUGGCCCCCUGGCAGGGGCUCUCCUUCCAGGACAUCACCGCCCGCGUGCAUGCCGGCCAGCGCCCGGACCUGGCCCUGGCCACCGCCGCCAUCGCCCAGGCCAACCCGGGCCUCGGGCAAAAUACCGCCGACAUCCUGCAGCGCAUGUGGGCCGCCGACGCGCAUGCCCGGCCCUCGGCCGCCGGCGUCCGCCAGGUGGUGGCCACGCUGGCCGUCAUGCUGCCGGGCCAGUGA